GUUGCCGAUGUGCUUAUCUGGUCCUGGUGUUUUCUGGGGUAAGAGCUAGCAACCGAAUCUUGUAUUUCCCACACAGAUCCACGGCAACUGUCAGCAACAUUGCUGCGAGUACUUGAUACUGUAUCAGUGUAUUGCAUCUAUUGUUGGUGAUCACUGUGUAGAUCGACAAGGGUCCAAACCGACCACGGCGAUAAGCCAUGCGUCGUCUGGGACUUUCCCUUCACCACGACACGAGUCCAAGCUUCGCUGCCCUUGCUUGCAACCAGCGGCCGCCACCGAAUGGCACCGUUCACGCGUGCUCCAAAAGCCGCCCACCUCAGUUGGAGCCGGGAAAAGUUGGCAAAAAGCCAAUAAAAAAGACGAUGCGCAUUGCCCGGAUUCCCACUUCGAUCCCCCCUCACCUUCGUCUUCCUCUCGACCUCUCCGCUGUCUCUCCGAUGGGCUCAGCUUCAGAGCAUGAUGUCAGGGAGCACCUGCUGGACGUGGACGGCGUCGGGGAAGAAGGGGCGGCGGCGGCGGCGGGGCCGAAGAUACGGGUGCGGGGGCUGACGCGGCGGUCGGAGGCGAGAGGCGAGGAGAUCCUGCGGGGCGUCGACCUGGACGUGCCGCGCGGGGUGGUCGUCGGCGUCAUCGGCCCCAGCGGCAGCGGCAAGUCCACGCUGCUCCGCGCGCUCAACCGCCUCUGGGAGCCCGCGCCGGGCGCCGUGCUCCUCGACGGCGUCGACAUCUGCGGCAUCGACGUCCUCGCGCUCCGCCGGAAGGUCGGCAUGCUCUUCCAGCUCCCCGCCAUGUUCGACGGAACCGUGGCUGACAACGUGCGAUACGGGCCACAGCUGCAGGGCAAGAAGCUGACGGACGCCGAGGUGCAGAGCCUACUGAGCCUCGCCGACCUGGACCCUGCUCUCUGCUCCAAGCCCGCCUCCGAGCUCUCCGUCGGCCAGGCGCAGCGCGUCGCAUUGGCUCGCACCCUCGCCAACGAUCCGGAGGUGCUUCUGCUGGAUGAGCCGACGAGCGCGUUGGAUCCCAUCUCGACGCAGAACAUCGAGGAGGCGAUCGUGCGGCUGAAGAAGACGAGGGGGCUCACCACGGUGAUGGUGUCGCACAGCGUGAAGCAGAUCCAGCGGAUCGCCGACCUGGUCUGCCUCCUCGUCGCCGGCGAGGUCGUCGAGGUGCUCCCGCCGUCGGAGCUGUCCGAGGCCAAGCACCCCAUGGCACGGCGCUUCCUCGAGCUCAGCUGAAGACUGGCACGACGAUCUCCUCCUCCUCUGUAUGACGCUUCUUCCGUUUGUGUGAUUCGGAUGUGUACCUGUAAUCUUGAGAAGUUGAGAUUAUGCCUGUAUACUAUGUCGGAAAUUUUGUGGUGAGAUGAUCUCAACCCUACUGGCCAUAAAAUGCAUUUUGGUAAAUAUUCUUUUAUCUAAACCCUAGUGGCCUCCGAGGCUCCGACAUUGUAUUUUUGCCUGUAAUAUUGGUACACUACUAAAAUGAAAUUUGGUACUCCCUCCGUCCCAGAUUAUAAGGGAUUUUAA